AUGAUGGAGCUUUAUUGUCAUAGCUAAGUCAUGCAAAAACUUAACUUUCAAGCAGGCCCACUAACAUAGGGAUUUCCCAGGUAGGUAUCACCUUACUUCAGGGAGUGGAAAGAUGUUUUUGACUCACUCUUACAAUCCAUAGUACCACAGAAAUCUCUGUCAAUAAGCUGUUUGAUUUCUAAGGUAAGUUUUUAUGGACCUUUGGGAAGUUGCAUUGGUGAAAUAAUCAUAAACACAGAUUCCCAAAAUUUACAGUGCCUUGCACCAUUGUAAAUACUGAUUAUUGAGGUCUUCAAAAACUGGACAAAAUAUUUUAUCAAAGUAUUCAGCAGCUGCUCACAUGUACCAACACCUGAUGAAAAUGAAGGCAUCAAGGAGUUCUUCAUCAAACAUUUUCAAAAGUUCUAGAUAAGCAAUGAUAACCGUCAAGGAUGAUCUUACCAUAUCUUGAUUAUAUGAUAAAAUAUUUCAUCACAUUAUCCUAGCUGGUGUUUACUCAAUUAAAAUCAAGGGUAGUUUCUGGAAGUAAAGGUAAAGUAGUAAAGGUUUCCCCUGACCUUAAGUCCAGUUGUGUCUGACUCUGGGGGUUCGUGCUCAUCUCCAGUUCUAAGUUGAAGAGCCUCCAAGGUCAUGUGGCUUGCAUGACUGCACGGAAUGCCAUUACCUUCCCACCAGAGCGGUACCUAUUGAUCUACUCACAUUUGCAUGUUUUCGAACUGCUAGGUUGGCAGAAGCUCAAGCUAACAGCGGGCACUCACUCCGCUCCCCAGAUUCGUACCUGGGACCUUUUGGCCUGCAAGUUCAGCAGCUCAGCGCUUUAACACACUGCACCAUUGGGGGCUCCUCUACGUUUCUGGAAAGCAUUCAAAAAUUCUUAGUAAGACUAAGCAAUAUCAGAACUGACCUCAUAAUGGCAUUUAUUUUAACAUGUGUAUCCGAUUUUCCUGGCUCUGGGCAGGGGGUUGGAUUGGAUGGCUCAUGUGGUCUCGCUCAACUCUAUGAUUUUAUGAUUCUAAAUAUUUUAGUAAAGUAACCCAAUCUAUCUGUCUUCUAGACUAUCAGCAAAAGAAAUACCUACAUGAAGAAUCAGUCUACAACAAUGGAGUUUAUAUUGGUUGGUUUAAUAAAUUCCACUGAACUACAGACACUUCUCUUUUGGAUAUUUACAUUUAUCUAUGCUAUAGCCCUGACUUUUAACUGCCUUCUCAUCUUUACCAUAUGCAACUGCAGAAACCUUCACACUCCCAUGUAUUUCCUGCUCAUCAACUUGUCUUUAGUAAAUAUAUUCUCAAUUUCAGUCACAACUCCUAAACUGCUCCAGGCUCUUUGGACCCAGAGAAAAAUAAUCUCAUUUUAUGGCUGCAUUACACAAGUGUAUCUUUUUAUAUGGACCUUGGGGACAGAACUUUUACUUCUUUCAUUCAUGGCUUUUGACCGUUAUACUGCUAUCUGCCAUCCUUUGCAAUAUACACUGAUCAUGCGGAAGGAAGCAUGUGUUUGCAUAGCAGUAGGAGCGUGGCUUGUUGGAAUGGUUAACUCUGCAGUCCAUGCUGGGCUCAUGCUAAAGCUUUCCUUCCGUGACUCAAACAUAAUCAACCAUUUCUUUUGUGAUGUGCCACCACUUUUAAAGCUUGCAUCCUCAGACACCAGUAUCAAUGAGAGUAUGGCUUUUGCGGCAGAUGUCAUACUUGGGAUCUUUAAUUGUGGUUUGACUCUAAUGUCAUAUUUCUUCAUCAUGAGAACCAUCUUCAGAAUUCGUUCUACUGAAGGGAAGAAGAAAGCUUUCUCCACAUGUUCUUCACAUCUGGUUGUUGUCAGUUUUUACUUCUCCUCAGUCAUUUACACAUAUAUUAGGCCCUCAUCUGUCUACUCUUUAGAUAAAGACAAAUUGGUUUCUCUCCUAUAUACUGUGGUAACUCCAGUGCUUAAUCCAAUUAUAUAUUUUAUGAGAAACAAAGAAGUUAAAAAAGCCCUUAAAACAUUUGUUGCAAAAAGCCAUCUGAUACCAGCGCCUCAAGCUUGA